GCCUCAGAUAUCAGGAUGUUUUAUCCUGAAUUCCUGAUUUUCAGGAUGAGUAUGAGGUGCCAGACCUGAAAAAUCCGAUUAAAUGUAUUUCUGACCCUGUAAAUUCAGUAUGGUUAUCAUAUGACAACCCUGAGAACUCAGUAUAGUGUUCGUGUACCAGCCCUGACUGCUCAGUAUGAAUUCGAGGAUAACCCUGAUACCUCGAAUCUGGCUUCAGGGGGGGCGCUACGGGUGUACCCCCUGUUUUCUGCCCAUAGUUCCAUAAUUUUCGUGCCAGCGCACAUUUUGCCUUAGAGGAGGCAUCUCGCCAUGUUGUAGCAACACCACCUCAGCGAAGCACUACGCCCCGCACUUCUUUUAAUCAAGGGUCGACCCGUAUUGGACCGCCGUCGAAGAAGCUCGAGCCCUCACGCUAUCGGCAGGCAACCCUGAGUUUCGGGCGGUCGCAAAACACUCCCGCUCCGACUCUGCACGUCGUCCCUCCUGUUGUUUCAGGACCAUCUACAGCUCCGACUUCGUCAUCGGACACCGAACUUGAAGACGUGGCCGAACGAAAGUACCAGGAGGCUCUCUGGCAAUUUAAAAAGCGGUGGAGUACUGACUUUCCUUGGCUUGUGCUUAAUCAGACCCGUGCAGGAUUCCCGGCUUUGAAGUGGAAGCCCUCGCGGCCAGAGAUGCUGCCAACGCGCUGCCUGAGCUGGGAAUUGUGGAUGCCAUCAUCCGCGCGGUUGCUGAGCUGCUGGGGCGUUCACACAACUGGCACAAGAUGUUCAAGGACCUCCAAAAGAUCUUCACGGCGACAAAUCUGGAGAUGCAAGGGAUUCACCUUGUUCGGUGGCUCAGUCGUGGCGGCGCCAUUCUGAGGCUGGUGGCGGUGCUUCCUGCCGUCAUCGUUCUGCUGCACCUCUACGACAAACCCAUGUACCACAUCGUCACAUCGUACAAGUUUCACUUUUUCCUGUACUUCCUCGCCGACGUGCACGAGGAGCUCAACAGCCUCAAUCUGCUGUUCCAGAAGCGCGAGAUCGACCUGACGGGCGUGCAGUCGCAGGUACGGCGAACGAUCGUCUUCAUUCGUUCGCGCUACGUCAACUGCGGGCCUAACUUCGGCACGAACAGCGAUCGCCUGUCCAAGUUUCUGGAGCGCCACGCCAGCAACCGAGAUGUGAUCGUGCAGGGCGUCGAUGCAGACGGAAUGGAGCGAGUGCAUCAAUUCGAGCUUCACGAGGAGCCGCUGCCAAACUACACCACUGCCCGCGGCGACAAAGCUUCCUGCACGCUCACCUGUCGCUCCUACGCGACCGAGCUCAUCUACAACGUGCAGCUGCGGCUCGGCGACCUUGAGCGGCUCAACGGGUCAAAGCUGUGGAUGCCCCGAACAUGGCCGCGGAACACGGAGGCGAGGGACGAGGAGUGCGCCGAGCACUUUGACAGCGUGGUCGAACUCUUCCACGCCAGCGACCGCGUUGAAAUUCUGCCAGGAGUCGACAAGCGGCUGGCACGCAAGGAACUCAGCACCCUCGUGCCAGUGCUUGCUGUGCUUCCUCUCAGCACUGUUGAGUGCGAGAGGGGAUUCUCGCGACAAAAUGUGAUUAAGAGCUGGAACCGGACGAGUCUGUGCAACGGGAAGCUGGAGGAUCUGAUGUGCAUGAGUUUGCUAGAGUAUGACAUGAACUGGGAUAGGGUCAUUGAGGUGUGGCGCGGCAUGAAGAAGAGACGGCCAAGGAGGGCCCACCAGAGCGAAGUGCGUGCGAGGAAGUCUGCCAAGGGCAAAGAGAAAGUGGUGGUGUUGUCCGAAGAGGAGCAUGAUGAUGAGGCACGAGCGGACGAUGAGAACAGCUGCUCCAGCAGCGGGUUUAGUUCUAGUGAUGAUGAGGAGGAUGGUGGAAACUUCUGAGUCGAGCCACAUGUAUGCUGCAGUACUGUGAAUAUUGAUUAUCUCU